AUGGGAGCGGCUACGAAAACAUCGAAAACGCCUCGUUCAAUGGCAAAAGUGACCCCCGCUAGACAAGUCAUCACGUCCGCGUCCAAGAAGAAGCCUGCACCAAACGCGAGCAUCUUGAGCUUUUUCAAAAAGGCCCCAGCGCCCGAGGAAACUUUAUUUGUGGGAAAUGAGGUCUCGGCAGCUGCUGUCGUAGCAGAAGAGGGCUUGGGUGACGAUGAUUCUACGGCAGAACGGUUCAAUGAGGUCGAUGUUUCGAUCAAAAGACGCAAGCUGAGUUGUGGUGACCGAGAGAAGGAAACAUUGGUUCAAGCAGAUGUAAAAGAGGAAGAUCCGGUCAAAAGUCCGAGAGCAAAAUCCCCGAAGCCCCAGCCAGCUCGGAAGCCCAGCAAGAAAGGUCCUUUUCUUGACGACGACGAUUCGGACGAUGACCACGAUACAGAUCAUGACAGUAGACCAGUGAAACGAAAGAUAGAAUCCCCUAAGAAGAUCCCAGAAACGGCUCAAGAAUCAAAAGCCCUUCAGCCCAAAGAAAGUCCGUUACCCGCAUCUCCCUCGACGACCCACAACCAAAAUACAGAUCUAAUUCAGGAGGAGCAGGAACAUGACGACUUUGACGAUAUUCCGGACGGAGCCGAGUGGGGCGAUAUCGAAGAUGCCGACGAGGCAGGUGAGGAAGGUUUGGAAAGGCGGUAUAUGCAAUAUCAGGCUCGAAUAGAGGCCCAAGAAUCCGAGGCGGCUGUCAUCAACAGCUGUGACGAAGUGCCGGGCUCUGUUAGUGGUGCAGAAUGCUGUCCUAUAUGCUCUUCAAGCUUAGCUGGAGUAACAGCUGAUCAGGCGACUGUUCAUGUCAAUAGCUGUCUUGACGGAAAGCCGACACCGUUGCCGAAUCAACUCAAGUCCGACAUUUCUGCACCCAAGACUACAAAGGAUCCGUCACCAUUGGAACAAAACAAGGUAGUUGAAUCCUCAAAACUGAGCAAGCGAUUUGCUCGUGCAGCCAUUGCACGUCCAGGCCAGGCGAACCCUAUCACGCUUGAUGCGCCAGCCACCUCGGCCCCCAAUGGCAAUACAUCGGCAUUCUCCAAACUGAUGUCAGGUCACGCCGAGAACAAUGCUUGGGCGGCGGCAGCGGCGGCAGAACAAUCCUCCCGUGGCAGACAAGCUUACGAGCGCACAUGUCCAUUCUACAAGAUCAUGCCGGGCCUCUCGAUAUGCGUCGAUGCGUUUCGGUAUGGUGCUGUGCAGGGCUGCAACGCGUAUUUCCUCAGCCACUUUCACAGCGAUCAUUACAUUGGGCUGACUGCCAACUGGACCCAUGGCCCUAUAUAUUGCAGCAAGGUGACGGGAAGCCUCAUCAAGUCACAAUUACGCACAGCUGCCAAGUACGUGGUAGAGUUGGAGUUUGAAGAACGCUUCGUUGUGCCCGGAACCGAGGGCGUAGUGGUGACGAUGAUCCCGGCAAAUCACUGUCCAGGGAGCUCCCUCUUCUUAUUCGAGAAGACAUUAGGCAAAGGAAGCAGCGCGAGGGUACAACGCAUCCUGCACUGCGGAGAUUUUCGUGCAUGUCCUGCUCACAUCGCACACCCUCAGCUCAUGCCAGAGGUCAUUGACAGCAUAUCGGGCAAGGUCAAGAAGCAAAAGAUUGAUAUCUGCUACCUUGACACGACAUACCUCAACCCGCGCUACUCAUUUCCGCCCCAAGAAGUUGUCAUAAGGUCAUGUGCCGAACUAUGCGUUCUGUUGAACCGCGGCUUGCAAGCACAGGACGAGUCUGUAUGGACAAGGAUCCUGCGCCGACGGGAAGGCGUAUCAGAUAAUGACGUGAGCCGCUUCUUCGUCAAUGGUGACGGUUCAGGCUCAUCUCCAAACAAAAGAGGCGGUACCGGUGGGUGUGACAACCCUCCGAGUGCAUUGACGGCAUUAAAUCCAAAAUCACGCCUACUAGUGGUUUGUGGAACGUACAGCAUUGGCAAGGAGCGCAUCUGUAAAGCAAUAGCCCAAGCCUUGCGCACCAAAAUAUUCGCAUCUGCGCACAAGAUCCGCAUCAUUGCGCAACUGGGCGACCCCGAGUUGACAGCGUUGAUGACCUCAAACCCCGCCGAGGCACAGGUUCACAUGCAGAUGCUCUCCGAGAUCCGGCCUGAGACACUUUCCGACUACCUCGCUACGUUCCGCGCCCAUUUUGGCCGCAUCGUUGGGUUUCGUCCUUCCGGGUGGAACUACCGACCAGCGGGAACAGCGGCGAAUGCCAAUGCUUCCCCGUCAUCUGUGGCGAUGACGACUCUAUUGCACGGGGGAAAUUGGAGGCCGCAGUACGCGUCCAAGGACCUCAUCCCACAGCGCGGAAGCACCAACGAGGCCAUGUGCUUUGGUGUACCCUACAGCGAACACAGUUCCUUCCGCGAGCUGGCCAUGUUCCUCAUGAGUCUUCACAUCGAGAAGGUCGUCCCCACCGUGAAUGUGGGGAGCGAGGUCGGGCGUAAGAGGAUGAAAGGUUGGACAGAUCGCUGGCUGGCUGAGCGUCGCAGGGGUGGUCUCACUAGGCUUGUGCAGGAUGAGGACGGAGAGGAAGGAGAGGCUGCUGAACAGAAGUUGAGGAAUCUCUGGGAUGGGAAAAGUAACCAGGGAGGUGAUUUGCGAUGGUGA